UUAACACAUUACACAAUACAUGAUUCUAUGUUGCGGAAAUAAGUACGGUAUGAAUGGACUUCAACGAAAAACAUCGAGAAGGAACUCGACGACGGGCGCUUGUACAUAUGACAUUUGGCCAUUUUUAGGCAUGAACUUCCUGACUCGUUUUCGAUUUUUACCGCGAUUAUCAACACCAAAAGUCAUGUCCUUUGAAGAUUCAGUAUCAAGACUUGGCUCUGCGAUUAAAGAUCUUGUCGCGUCUGCUGCCAAAGAUGAUCCUUCGCUCGCUGGGAAAUCCGAGAAGGAUCAAGCGGAGGUCGUUCAGUGGAUUGAAAAGGUUGGACAAGGAGAUAUCGUCAAGGCAGAUAACUUCAAAGAUCUAAACUCUGUGCUUCUUCCCCGAACGUACAUUGCUACCAACUAUCUAACAGCGGCUGAUGUUGCUCUCUACGGCGCGUUACAUCCCAUAAUAUCGAAGCUACAACCCCCGGAAUACCAUUCGCAUCCUUCAAUAACUCGAUAUUUUGAUCACAUCCAGUCUAUACCUCCCGUUCGGAAAGCCGCCGAUGCCUCUUCCAACUAUACUCUUGUCAGCUUCGAUCUCGUCCACACGCCAAAAAUCGAUCACACACCUGAACCUCCGAAGAAGAAGGAAAAAAAAGACAAAGCUGCACCUGUCGACUCAGCCUCACCGCCUGCGCCUGCUGCCGCUGCAACUUCGACGGCAGAAGCUCCCAUAGACGAAGGAAAAAUUCAGAAGAAAGAAAAGAAGGAAAAGAAAGAAAAACCUGCAGUAGACGCCGCAAAGGAGGGUAAAAAGGAAAGUAAGAAAGGAGGAGGAGGAGGCAAGGCUGCUCCUGCCGAUGAAGGCGAGCCUGUACCCUCGAUGAUUGAUCUCCGGGUUGGCCACAUUCUUGAUGUUCAAAAACAUCCGGAUGCUGAUGGACUUUAUAUCGAGCAAAUCGAUAUCGGCGAAGAGACGGGCCCACGCACUGUGGUCUCCGGUCUUGUGCAUUAUAUUCCCAUUGAGCAGAUGCGGAACAAGUACUUGGUUGCCGUUUGCAAUCUCAAACCCGCAAAUAUGCGUGGCGUGAAAAGUUUUGCGAUGGUUCUUUGCGCUACUUCGAAAGACGGAAAAGAGGGUGGCAUUGAGCUGAUUCAACCUCCAGAAAACUCAAAACCAGGGGAUCGUGUCUACUUUGAAGGCGCAGAAUUCGAGAAUGCAACUCCACUUUCCCAAUUGAACCCCAAGAAGAAGAUCUUUGAGACGGUUCAGCCAGGAUUUAUCACCCUCGAAACCAGAGAAGCUGCGUGGGUUAACUCUGUAACAGGCAGUACGCAUAAAAUUCGGACCAAAAAUGGUGUCUGUGUGGCCCCAACACUCGUGGGUGCCUCUUUAUCGUAGAAAAAUCUGUAUAUUGCAUACACAUAUUGAGAUUGAAUUUUGAA